AUGAAGAAUCAAAAAAUCUUUGAUUUCUUCAGAAAGAAGAAUGAUGAAUCAACAAGUGAUUUAAAUGGGUCAAAUAACAUAUCUCCUUGUAUUUCAGAACCAGCAUCUACUAAAAGACCAAGACUUGAAAAUGAGGCUCUUGAUGAGCCGCUUCCGAAUUCAAGUAACAAUUUGCAAUAUGUUUCUGAUCCUGGAAUUCGCAUCCCAAUUUUACAACAUCCCAUUGAACUUCAAGAUGAGGUAAGAAGAGCAUAUAUUGAUAAAGGGCCAAUUCAACCUAUAUAUGAUUAUCCUUUUACUGAAUGUGAAGGUCAAAAGCGUAGAUUCCAAUCUUCUUGGUUUCAAAAAUAUCCUUGGCUUGAAUUUUCUAUUGAGAAACAAAGUGCAUUUUGUUUCCCUUGCUAUGUUUUUGACACUAACUCAGCACAAUUUGACACAUUAACUGUCACGGGAUUUAAAAAUUGGAAAAGAGUUAAUUGUAAAAAUUGUCCAUUCAAGAGACAUGAAGGAGAUGGGAAUUCAAGACAUAGCUUUGCCAUGCGAAAAUGGGGAGAUUUGAAAAAUCUUGAUCAGCAUAUUGAUAGAAGAUUAGAAAAACAAUAUUCUAAGCAAAUUGAGCAAAAUCGGUUGCUCUUAAAGGUGUCCAUAGGAAGUGUGAAGUUUCUUGCAAUGCAAGGUUGUGCUUUUAGGGGUCAUGAUGAAUCAGUUGCCUCUAAAAACCGUGGAAAUUAUUUGGAAUUGGUAGCUUUGUUGGGAAGAAUGAAUCCAGAAAUUGGUAGUACUUUGGAAAAAGCAUCUAAAAAUGCAAAGUACACAUCACCAGAAAUUCAAAGAGAGAUUUUGAAAAUUAUUGCUGAUAUUGUGAGGGAUAAAAUUCGUGCAGAAAUUGGAGAAGCCAAGUUUUGUAUCCUCGUUGAUGAAGUAAUUGAUGAGUCAAGUAAAGAACAAAUGGCUAUCAUUUUAAGAUAUGUUGAUCGGGAUGGGUUCAUACUACAACUUGCUUUAGUUGCAGUUUCUAAAGAGGUGCAUGAUGUGUGGCCUUUCUUUUCAACAUUAACUUCGGCUAUUAAUUUUGUUGGUUCAUCUGCUAAACGUCAGUUUCAAUUAAAAUCUAUCCGAAAAGCUGAAAUUAAUGAUUUGAUAAAAUUGGGAGAAAUUGACACUGGUACUGGAUCUAAUCAAAAUUGUUCUUUGGUACAAGCUGGAGCUACUCGUUGGAGUUCACAUUUCAACUCUGUUAGGAGAUUCAUUGGUUUGUUUGGUUCAGUGAGUACACUUCUUCAAGAUCUUGUCGACAAAGGUCUCAAUAGUAACAUUCAAGGAGAGGCUAAAGUUUUGGGAAUAUCAGAUAAGUUGUGUCAGACAUUACAGAAGAAUGACAUAGAUAUUUUGAAUGCUAUAAAUUUGGUUUCUACUACUAGACUAAAUCUUCAACAGAUCCGAGAUGAUAGAUGGGAAGGUUUUCUUUGGAGUGUGUUGAAGUUUUGUGAAAGCAAUGAUGUUGAGGUGCUAGACUUUGAUGAUUGCUACACACGAGGUACAAAACAUUCUUGCCAGCAGAAAAACAAUAUAACAGUCCAUGAUCACUAUCAUUUUGAAAUAUUUAAUACAGUAAUAGAUUUUCAGUUGAUGGAAUUGAAUGAAAGAUUUCCAGAGGGCACAAUAUAA